AUCGCAGAGCAACGGUACGACAAGGUUAAAAGCUAGCGAAUCCUAUGCGAGUAACACCACGCGCUUCACCGUUUAGAUUCCCGCCCGCCUUCAUUUUGAAAAUCAGUUCGCAGAGUUCGGAAUCUGCACCGGGAUCUGAAAAUCGCCCCCUUCUUCUCCAUCUUCAAUUCCGGAAUUUCAACCUUACCUUUUAUGAAUCUUCUCUUAACUUAUCAGUUUCUCUCCGUCGACGCGCCGCAGGAAGUGGGGGAGAGAUGCGUUCGGAUUCCAGAAAACGAAUCACCGUCAGCUCCGCGCCGCGUGCUCCCUCCGCCGAUGCUUUAGAAAAGGCUCCGGAUUUAGCAAGCCCUUGUUGUGCAUCUAAAGAGAAGAGCUGCUUCAAGGAGAAUAUCAAUAUAAACAAAUCUGGAGCCUCAGGCCUUUGUUUGGAGCCACAACAGAUGAAAAAGAGGAAAAAGGGUGGGAAAUAUAAUUUGCGGAAAAGCCUAGCAUGGGAUAGAGCCUUUUCUACUGAAGAAGGUGUUUUGGAUCCCCUAGAACUCUCUGCCAUAAGUGGCGUAUCUUGUAGAGGAGGAUUGCCUUUCAUAAUUGAAGACACUCCUGUUAGUUCCGGCCAAGAUGAAGAUUUCCGUAAAUAUAAGGAAAAUAAUCAGUCAUCCCCAAUGCUUGAUUUCUCUUCCUCGAAACACAUGACAUCGACUUCUCUGGCUUUACAGAAAGUCCCAACUAGCGCUGGCAGCAAACUUGGGUCAAAAUGUUACGACUAUCCUCGACCUUUACCUUCACCAUCAUUGAAAAGGCGAGCAAAUGUAAAUGUGGGAAAAACUACAAGCAAGGAAUUAAAGCUGCCUAAAGCUCCUGGCUUAAGGCCAAACCUCAGUCCAAAUUGCUCUACAAUUAGAAGUACUAUACCCAGAGGGAGCCAUGUGAAGCACAAUCGGAUAACUCAACCAGAUUUUAGCAUACAGAGAGACGUGGAACCAAAGAGCUCCUCUAAAAUUUGUAAUAACACUCAAAAUGCAUCAAGAGCUAAUACUCCCCAAUCAGCCCGGCAUUCAGAUGGACAUUUGGGGUGCUCAUCAUUCAAUAGGCAUCUAUCCAUCAAUACAAGUCCAAUGACAGUUGACAAAGCUUAUACUUCUGGUCCAAAGACGACUCCAGUUAAUGUGACUCAAAUCAGGCCAGAGAACUCACGUGAGAGUCAGCAAUAUGAUUCAGCUACUCUUUCUCAAAAUGCCCAUACUAAUGGUAAAAUUUUGCAUCCUUCGCAAAAUCAAACGAUGAGACCAUCAGGUCUGAGAAUGCCAUCACCAUCUUUGUCAUUCUUCAGUCAGCCAAAACCUUCUAUAUUCCGGAAUUUGCCAUUGCGAGAUACAGACUCAUAUUUCAAUGGGUCCCGAAACCCUGGAAGUUUGAGGUUGCAAGACAGCUUGAGCAGAACAACUAAGUCGUAUGAUAAGAUCCCAGAUAGCAUAAUCAGCAACAGUAAGGCCAUAUGCUCCCGAUCAGAGUCUACUGCAGCAUCUCAUGUCAGUGGCUCUGAUUUAGUGAAGCUAAACUUGGAACAGAAUCUCAUGUAUGAGAUUCAAGGUCCUCACAAGAAAAAAAUGACUGUGAGGGUGCCUCAUGAGGAUGCUGAAUUGCAGAAGAUCGGCAUUGAAGUUCCUUCACAAAAUAGAAGUUGUGAACAAGCAAUGGAUAAUUUUCUAAAGAAUGCUAUAGGUGAUUGCCCAGUAAAAAGUGAAACAUGUGGAAGUGAAUGCAGAAAUGCAGAGCUAGGAUCUAAACAGAAUUGUGCUAUUUUGGAAUCUCAGACGUCAAGUGCAAUUGAUGAACAAUAUGGAACAAAAAAUAAAUGCAACCUUUUAGUCUUGGAUCAUGAUUCUACACAAUGCACAGAUGGAUUUGAUGACAGAGUGCAAAAUAUUCCGGCUAUGCAUAGUGAUUGGAGAAAUAGCAGCAAGCAAGAUUGUCAUGAAGCUCACUUGGAGAAAACUGAUCCACUUAAAUAUUCUCUUGGAGAGAAUGAAAGAACUGGUAAGAACAUUUCUAAUGAAAAGGAAAGAGUGAGUGAGCAAAUGGAUGUGUCCCAGCAGGGAAUUUACUGCAGUGAAAGCAUGAUACCUUUGGAACAGGGGGAGACCAUCGCUGAAAGUCCAUAUUUUGUGUCCAAGCCGCUAAAUGCUAUUAAGGUAUUGCCGGAUAAUUUACCUGCAGCAGAACCCCAUAUGCAGAAUUCUGUAUUAGUUUUGAGUCUUUUGACUGUUGAGGGCUGUAAGAAUGAUACCAAUUUAAUGUCCGAGAUUGGUAAUGACUUCAGCCAACCCAAUGAAAGUUCAGAGGUUCAAGAUUUUCAUCAAACUGAAACGGAGUCGAAACAAAUUGGCAAGUUGAAUAUAAGAGACAGGUUGUUGACUGAGAGACAACUGUCUCUUCAGAACUCAAAGCAAGAAGAAAAUGUUGAUGAACUUCUGCCUGUAGUCUCAGACAGAAAAGAUGGCACCGAGAUUCUGUUGUCUUUAUCUCUGGAUAAUAGACAAAAAAGCAACCUAGGUGAAGAGACAGCUAUAGCACAACCUCUCAGAAUGGUGGAGUGUGAUUAUUUUGAUAUUUCCUUUUCAUCCGAAAGCUGCAAAAGUCCAAUCAGUCUUCAUCAGGACACUCCGAACAAAGGAAGUCAUGACAGUCCACUUCCUCGAAGUACAACACACCAAUUGUCUCCAGAGGAUACUGAUAAAAAGACAGAGGAAGUCCCAUGUUUACAAGUUAGUUAUGCGAACAAUGAGCUGACCACAACAAUGUCACUAACGAGUAGUGAAUCUGAAAUCGAUAGCCAUAGUGGUACAAAGGACACAUGGGCUCUGCUGAGGCAGUCGUCAGAAAGCAAUAUGCUGGAUAACCGCUGCUUUCAACAAUCAGAAUGCUUGGCAUUAGCCGUUGAUGAAUUUGUUGCGGGGAAUCUUGUGCAUACUGAUGAUUGCUCUGCAGUUAAUGCUGUAGGGGGUGUGAAAGAUUCUAUUACAAGUCAAAAUGAAAUAUUGAAAAGCAUUUCAAGAAGCUCCACUCCUGCAAAGGAAUCGCCUUUAAAACUUGAAACUUGUAAUGAUGAAUAUGAAACAGGGGGUGGUAGUACUGCAGAUGCAACAACGGAUCCUUCAGAAGUUGAACCUUUCUCUGACACCAUUAAGGUUGAAGUUUCUGAAGACACUAGUAAUUCUCUCGGUUCUCUUCAUCCUAAGUUGAACCAUGACAAGGUUGAAACCACAUUGCUGCCAAACAAUAAGCAUGAGGAUGGUCUUGAAGAAAAGAAAAGCCUCUUGCUUGUUAUUCCUCCAAAUGCUAUCCCAUUUUCUGAUGAAUGGUUGGCUGCCAUGGAAGCAGCGGGAGAGGAUAUUCUCACAAUGAAGAGUGGGGCUGUUCAAAAUUCACCUCCUGACAAAUCUCUACCUGAGCCAAGCCCAUGGUCACCGGUAAAAAAGAAAAACAAUCAGAUUGGACCAUUUGACUGCACGAAGAAAUUCACUGCAGCAUCCGACUUAACUAAAUGAUAAGGUUAGCCAGGAAUUCAAAUUUGUGAUUGCUAGUCUAGUUGCUGAUCUAGAAACAUUGUAGGCCAGUUGAUUACCAAAAUUUCUUUCUUCACGAAGAAAUAAAUCGCUUAUAUGAGCGUGAUGUUACACGUUAUCUAACAAAACAAUUUCUGUUUGCUUUGUAGCAAUGUUUUAUUCAACUCCCAUAUUGAAAGGUUAGGUAAUUUCGGUUGUCAUGUGAUCUUGAUCCUGACUAUACUGCCUAUGUUGAAUUAUUUCCAAUUUUCAAUUUGAAUGAAUUAUAUAUAAUAUGAUGCAGAAUUUUACUUUCCAGAGAAUGAUACAACAUUGUGGAGCUUAGAGCUGUUAAAGAGAUUGCCAUCAUCAACAACUGACAUAAUAUAUCUUAUUUCCUUUAAGAAUUGACAUUUCCAAACACUCUAACUAGUUGAAUUAUGAUUUUUCUCAAUUAGCUAGGUUAUAAAAGUAUAUGUAUAUGGUGUAUAUUAAUGUUGUUUUAUAAUGUACAUGAAAUCAUGAAUAAUAUGAGAUGAAAUACUACUAUAAUAGAGAAUGCUAUGUGAUGCUCUUAAUAUUAGAAAAA